AUGUCGCCAAACCAGGAAACCUAUCGUUAUGCCUUUCCAAAUUCCCCUCCUCACAUCAGCUACGGCAUUCCCUUCGACGAGUCAUGCGCCAAACACGUGAAUCAGACCUUCGACGCUAAGCGUGUCUACAUUAUCGCGUCUGGUUCUCUAUCUCGCCAGACGAACAAUAUCAAGAAGCUCGAAAAAGCUCUGGAUAGUAAAGUCGUGGGUGUCCGACAUGGCAUGACCCCUCACACUCUGUGCUCUGAGGUUCUCGAAAUCAUCCACGACACUCGUGAAGCUAAAGCAGAUUUGAUCAUUACCUGCGGUGCUGGGUCUUUGACAGAUGCAGCCAAAAUUAUCGCCCUUGCACUGGCGAACAAUAUCUCUACAGUAGAUGAUCUGAUCAAGAUGCACGUAAAUGGCAUUACUGAAGAGCGUUCGGACCUGAAAGCUCCUACCGUCCCUAUCAUCAGUGUUCCAACCUCCCUCUCUGGUGGCGAAUACACACGACCAGGCGGUGCCACCAACGACCGCAACCACCGCAAACAGCUCUUCCCCAGUCGAGGCCCGCUCCUCGUUAUCCUUGACCCGCAGCUUACAACCACAACUCCUGACUCUAUCUGGCUAUCCACUGGUAUCCGUUCCGUCGACCACUGUGUUGAAGCCAUGUGCUCCUUGGAGGACAACCCUGGUGCCGAUGAGCGCGCCACCAGAGGCCUCAAGGCAUUAGUCCCUGGCUUACUACGUUGCAAAGCCAAUGCAAACGAUCUAGACGCUAGACUCGAUUGCCAACUCGGCGUCAUCGAUGCCAUUGGCGCCGUCUUCUUUGAAAAGGCGCCGCUGGGAGGAAGCCAUGGUAUUGGUCAUCAACUCGGUCCUCUAGGCGUCGGCCACGGCGAAACCAGCUGCAUCAUGCUCCCCUCGGUUUGCAAAUACAAUGCCAACACCAAUCCCGAUCAACAAGCCAAAGUCCGCAACGUGUUCUGGUCCGACGAUGUCGUCAAAAAUGUCCUCCAAAACCACGGUCUAUCAGAGCAAACAGCGGAUUUAGGCGAUUGUUUGAAAGCGAUUGUCAAGGAACUUGGUCUUCCGGGAUGUCUUAGGGAUGUGAACGUUGGAGAGGAUAAAUUCGAUAUGCUUGCGGAGAACAGCCUUAGUGAUUUUUGUUGUGCAACCAAUCCUAUUCCUCUCAAGGAGAAAGAGCAGGUUAUUGAGAUCUUGAAGAUGGCGUUGUGA